UUUUCACUUCCUGGUAGAUUGAACUACAUCCGGGUCACUCGAAAGGUUGCUGCGGUCGCCAUGUUGCUGAAUGAAGUUAGCUCCCGCUAGCCGCUAGCAUCAGAAAUAUCGAUAUUUAUUUAUUUCUCCGGCGGGAUAACACUUCGUUACAGCAUGUGACUUCAUUGUAAAUAUGACUUAGGAUUUAUGAAACAUCUACAGAAGCCCCCCAGCCCCUAUUAUUGUGUUUAGACAGUAACAGUGUCACGCAAUGCACCAUGGAAGUGGAUCGCAGAAUAUGCAACGACAGCUCCAGAGAACCAAGUCUGUCAGCGGGUCUGAAGCUGAGGAGCAGCAGCCCGCCAUGGCAGUCACACAGCAGCAAGCUACAGUCAAUCACCCUCAGUCUCCUGUGACUACGUUUUCCUCCGCUGCCAGCCCUUCAGCGCCCCAGUCGCCCAAUUAUCAGAUAAUCAUGAGUCGCAGCCCGGUCACCGGUCAGAACAUGAACAUCACGCUGCAGAACGUGGGUCAGAUGGUGACUGGUAACCAGCAGAUCACCCUCACCCCGCUCCCCAUCCAGAACCCGGCAUCUCCCGGCUUCCAGCAUACUACAUCUCAGUGGAGGUUUGAGCCUGCUCCAUCCUCCUACAUCCAGGUCACCUCACCUGUGCCCCAGCCCAUGCAGCCUCAGAGUCCCACCCAGCACAGCCCGGUCCCCCUGCAGGGUGUGACGAGGCCAGGAGCACCCACGACAGCGCUGGGUGUGUGUGGACAGAGUCCGACUCGAUUUGUCGAAGCCGGUAUGUUAGUGCGGCAAAUCAGUUUAGGUAGCCCGUCGGGAAGUGGCCACUUUGUUUACCAGGAGGGGACGGGGCUGGCCCAGAUCGCCCCAGCCACAACCGGCCAGGUCCAGUUGACCUCUCCAGGAGCGCCAGGCUCUGUGAGGGAACGUCGGCUCUCUCAGCCUCACUCACAGACCGGAGGCACCAUCCACCACCUCGGACCUCAAAGUCCCGUGGCCACCGGCACUGCCCUCCCCACCCUGGGCAGCCCGGGUCACAUCACCACUUCCAACCUACCUCCACAGAUCAGCAGUAUCAUCCAAGGACAGCUGGCACGCCCGAUGAUAUUUGAGAAAACGGCACAAGGUGUUGUCACCACAGCGUCGUUCACUAUCCCCACCUCCAUUCCACCCUCCAGCCCAUCCCUCACCAGUCCAACACAGGGGAUCCCCAACAACCCUCUCGCUCCUUCCAGCAUGGCCAUGGGCACCAUAAAGAAGCAGGUUCCCAAGAAGUUGGAGGAAAUCGCUCCUUCCACGCCAGAGAUUGCCCAGCUGAGAAAACAGUGCUUGGAGCACCACACCAAGAAGAUGGAGAGCCUGAAAGAAGUGUUCAAAGAGUACCUGAUCGAGCUCUUCUUCCUGCAGCACCUCCAGGGGAACAUGAUGGACUACUUAGCUUUCAAGAAGAAGCCUUGCGUUCCCUUGUACACUUACUUGAGACAGAAUGACUUGGACCUGGAAGAGGAAGAGGAGGAAGAAGAACAGUCCGAGGUCAUCAACGACGAGGUGAAGGUUGUUACUGGAAAGGAUGGCCAGGCGGUGACGCCGGUUGCCAUAGCAACGCAGCUUCCUCCCAAUGUUUCUGCAGCUUUCUCUGUCCAGCAGCAGUUUCAGGGACACCAAGGGGUUGUUGCUGGCACAAUGACAAACCCCGGAGACAUGGAUGCCUUUAAGAGGCAACAGGCUAUGGUGCAAGCAGAUCAGGCUAAGAGGUCCCGGAUUGACGUUGGUCGCCAUGGGCUGAUUUUCCAGCAUCCUGGUGUAGCUCCUUUAGGAUCACCUGGCGUUCCACUCCAGCAGCUUAUGCCGACAGCGCAAGGCGGGAUGCCGCCUACUCCUCAAGCGGUCCAGAUUGCAGGACAGAAGCAGAACCAGCAGCAGUACGACCCAUCCAAAGGACCUCCGGUGCAGAACGCGGCCAGCCUGCACACCCCUCCUCCACAGCUACCCAGCCGGCUGCCCCAAGGCGCCCUCCCGAUGGCCGGCCUGCCCAUGACGCUCUCUCAGCAGACUCAGUUGGUGGAGAACACGGCUCAGCCCGGCGGUCAGCUCCAGGCACAGGUGAAGGUGCAGGCAGGUGGGUCUGUCCUGGCCACGGUAAACCCCCACACACAGCUCCAGGCCCAGCUGCAGCAGCAGAUGCAGCCCGGUCUUCAUCUCCAGUUGCAGCCUCAGCAGCAGCAGCAGUCGCAGGUCAUGCUGCAGCCAGGACAAGCGACGGUGGCACUCGCUCGCCCCGGCACAGAGUCAAACCAGCCAGUUCAGAGAAUCAUGACCAACUCGAUAUCCAUGACAUCCAUGUCUCCUGCUCCCAACACUGCUCCCAACUCUCUUCCAACCCCACAUACUGCAAGUCCACUCCGCCCUAUCGGCGCCAACAUCAACCCGAGCAGCCAGUCCAAACUGACUGGAACCAAUGGCAUAUCCGCAGUCAAAGUCAGUGGCUUCGGUCAAAGUGGAACCAUGCAGUCGUCACAGGAGGGUUCUCAGGAUAAACAAGUUGAGCAGGCCAAACUGGAGAGUCAAGUGCACCAACGCAUCUCUGAGCUGAGGAAGGAGGGCCAGUGGUCAGCCAGCAGACUCCCCAAGCUCGUGGAAGCCUCGCGUCCAAAGUCGCACUGGGACUACCUCCUGGAGGAGAUGCAGUGGAUGGCGGCUGACUUUGCCCAGGAAAGGAGGUGGAAGGAGGCCGCUGCCAAGAAGCUUGUUCGCACGUGUGCCCGUUACCAUCAAGAGAAGAAGAAGAGCGAGGAGAGGUCGAAGAAAGAACGAGAGAUUCAUCUUCGUCACAUCGCCAGCACGAUCGCCCGAGAGGUGGAGUUCUUCUGGUCCAACAUCGAACAGGUCGUGGAAAUUAAACUCCAGUUUGAAAUUUAUGAGAAGAGGCUGAAAGCACUGAGCUUACAAAAAGCCUCAGCCAAAGCAGCCAGUCAGUCCACAGGAGUGAAAGCAGAGAAAGAGGAGGUGCUGACUUCUGCUAAAAAAAGAAAAUCCAGCUCGUCCCUGGUCGACGAAGACGCCGCAGAUGAGGAGAGCACCAUCGAGGAGCAGGAGGUGCUGGAGGGCGAGGCAGACCACAAAGCAGAGCUGGUCGACCUCGCUAAAGAUGCUGAGAUGCCUCUGGACGCUUUGAUGAAGCAGUAUGCUGGCGCGUAUGCUGACGGCUUCGAGUGGCCUCAGCCCGGUCCACACAGUGACGAGGACGACAUGGACGAGACUGAAGACAUGGAGUGCCCUGCAGGCAGUCCACCUGAGGCGGUGUUGAUCGACUCGCUGCUAAACGUGGACCAGUACCGCGGUGCUGACAAAGCCGCUUCCUCUGACUCUGAUGGGAAGCCCGCCAGAGACAUAGCCGAGGUGGCCGCUGCCACAGAGCUCAUCCUGCCCAAGGGCAGCUUCAGGACCACGUCCUCAACUCGCAGCCCGGCUCCUUUCUUACUGCACGGCUCACUGCGAGAGUAUCAGCAGAUCGGCGUGGACUGGCUGGUGAACCUUUACAAGAAACACCUCAACGGCAUCCUAGCGGACGAGACCGGCCUCGGAAAGACCGUUCAGACGGUGGCUUACAUGGCCCACUUAGCUGGCCAAGAGGGAAUCUGGGGUCCUCACCUUAUUGUAGUAAGGACGUGCAAGUUGCUAAACUGGGAGGUGGAGUUCAAGCGCUGGUGUCCUGGACUGAAGAUCCUCCUGUACCUUGGCAACAGAAGGGAGCGCAGAUCGAAGAGAAUGUGGUGGGGGGAAGCCAACAGCUUCCACGUCUGUGUGACCUCCUACAAGCUGCUGAUGAAAGACCAGAGUCAUUUUCUGAGGAGACGGUGGAGGCACCUGGUCCUGGACGAGGUGCAGCUCAUAAAAAACAUGACGGAGAAACACUGGGAGACCAUCUUUGCUCUCAGAAGUGAGCAGAGGGUUCUCCUCAUCAACACUCCUCUGCAGAAUACUCUAAAGGAGCUGUGGACCAUGAUCCACUUCCUUCUGCCAGGAAUCACCAGAUCCUACUCCGACUUCCCCGUUAAGGCGGGCACAGACCAGAACCAGGACUACUGCCACAAGCUGGUCAUCCGCCUGCACAGGAUGAUCCAGCCUUUCAUCCUGAGGCGCUCGAAAAGAGACGUGGAGAAGCAGCUGCCCAAGAAGUACGAGCACAUCCUGAAGUGUCGUCUCUCCAGCAGACAGAAGAGCCUCUACGAGGACAUCCUCACUCAGCCGGGAGCUCAGGAGGCGCUGAAGACGGGGCAUUUCGUGAGCGUGCUUCAGGUCUUGAUGCAGUUGCAGCGAGUGUGUAACCAUCCUGAGCUGGUGGCGCCCAGAGAGAACAGCAGCUCGUACUUCUGCUCCUCUCUGCAGUACAACGCCCCAUCGCUGGUGCUGGGAGCUCUUCACAACGACUCAAGCAAGAUUGCCAACCUGUCCAUAUUCGAUCUGAUCAACAACGAGAACAGGCUGACUCGGUAUCAGACUGAAGAGGCGGUGCCCAAACUGAAGGUCACUCAGCAGCUCAUAGAGGAGAUCUACACGGGUCCAGAUCCACCGCCACGACCCAAAGCAUGCCCGAUAAAACCCAUGAGAUUGUUUCAGCCGGUGCAGUACGGGACGAAGCCAGAAGGUCGCCUGGCUGCCAUCACAACCACGGCAGCCCAGCGUCCUCCGACGAGCUCUCCCGUUACCACCACCGCUGUCUCCACCACCAGCCAGACAGCCCAGACCAGGGGCAAGUCGCCUGUCACCACUGCAGCUACAACCACAGCCACCUCUCACGCGGUCGGAACAGCCACUCAGAGAGCCCAGACUACCCCUCCCGUCAGCAGCAGCAGCAACACUGCCGCCUCCACCACUGUAGCCUCCUCUGGGAACGGCGGCAUCGGGCAGCAUGUGUUGGGGGCCGCCUCCGUGGCCUUGGGCACAGUUGUGGGAUCUAUAGCUCCCAUCGGCCAGCCCGGAUUAGCGCAGGUCCCGAGGCCGGCUCUGGCCCCCAGCCAUGCCAUCCAGCCCAGCUUACUUUCCCAGAGGCUGGUUCUUACAUCCCAGGCCCAGGCACGGUUGCCUAAAGGUGGAGACGUGGUGAAGAUCGCCCAGCUGGCCAACAUAGCAGGCGGUCAGAAUCGCAUCUCCCAGCCGGAGACUCCCGUCACGCUGCAGUUUCAGGGUAACAAGUUCACUUUGUCCCCGAGCCAGCUCCGCCAGCUCACCACCGGACAGCCCUUGCAGCUCCAAGGUACUCUCGGUAACAUCCUGCAGAUCGUGUCAGCUCCGGGGCAGCAGAUCAUCAGGCCGCAGGGCUCCAUGGUGAUGCAAACAAUGCCGCAAGCUGUUCCCGCCUCCAACGCCUCAGCUACACCUGGCACACCUCAUCCUGCGCUGGCAACAGCCCAACAAGCUCUCGGUGCGACUACAAACGCCACGUCAGCUCCAUCCAAGCUCACGACUGCAGCGCAGGCUGCUUCUCAGGAGUCCUCAGAGGAAAAGACUCCUCAGCUGAAGGAGCGCCUGAGCCGCCUGUUUCAAGCCAACGAGCGGCGCUGCAGCCGCAGAGUGCUGUACGGGUCGGACCUGCUGCAGGCGUGCACUCUGAGCACAGAGCCCAGUCACUCCGCCCUGACGGCCGGAGGGUGGAGGUGGGUGGGCAGAGAGAGCUGCCUCAGGGCGAAGAGAACCUGCGUGGCUACGACGUCUACGCUGCAGUCCACUCUGCUGUCUGUGGAGGACCGCCUGGAGGCCGCCAACAGCCUCAUCAAGAGGCUGGUGUGUGUGGUGCCUCCAGCUGUAGCUCCACCUCCUCACCUGUCUGCAGCACGUUCCCCGGUUCCUUACAGACUCGAGCAGAAGUCCCUCCGCCGUCGGCUGCAGGAGGCCUCCGCCCCUCACAGUGCCGACAUCCACCACCUGACGUUCAGACGUCUGUUCCGUUUUCCUGACCUGCAGCUGAUGCAGAUGGACUCAGGUAAACUCGAGGCUCUCGCCAUCCUGCUGCAGAAGCUUCGCUCGGACAGCCGCCGUGUGCUCAUCUUCACUCAGAUGGUGAAGAUGUUGGACAUCCUCGAGGCCUUCCUCGAUCACAGGCAGCUCACUUACGUCCGCGUCGACGAAAGCUUCAGUCCUGACGAGCGACAGGAGAACAUGAAGAAGUUCAACAGGAACAGGAAGGUGUUCUGCAGCAUCCUCACCAACCGCUGCUGCUCUGCAGUCGGGACGGUGUUUGACGCCGACACCAUCAUCUUCUACGACACGGACCUCAACCCCAGCAUGGACGCCCGCACCCAGGAGUGGUGUGACAAGAUAGGACGCUCCAAGGACAUCCACAUAUACAGGUUGGAGAGCGGGAACUCCAUCGAGGAGAAGCUGCUGAAGAACGGCACCAAAGAUCUGAUCAGAGAGGUGGCUGCACAGGGGACCGACUACACCUUGGCUUUCCUCACACAGCGGACGAUCCAGGAUCUGUUUGAGGUGGAGGCGGGCUCGGGGGAGAAGGUGGAGGAGUUUGUCGUUCUUCACCAGGAGCCUUCGGCCUCUGAAGCCAUCUCCCCCCGAGUGGCUAGACCGUACAUCCAGGCUCUGCACAGCAUAAACCUGGACGCUCAGGAGCAAGAGCAGCAGCAGCAGGAAGCAGCUGAGGAGGAGGACAAGGAGUUAGCAGGCAAGGAGUCAACGGAGGACGCUCAGGAGUCAGAGAGCCAAGUUAAAGAGGAGCCGGCUCAGAAGGAGGAGCUGAACGCCGUCAUGGAGCAGCUGACGCCUAUCGAGAGGUACGCGCUGCAUUACCUGGAGUACCUCCACAUCAGUGACGAUGAAACAGCUCUCAAGGAGCGUUUGGAGUGCUCGAAGAGAGGCUGGGAGCAGCAGCAGCUGCAGAAGCUGAAGGAGGAGGAGGAAGACCGGCAGCUGACGGAGGGAGAGGAAGAUCUCUUCACCUACACCAGAGAGGAUGCCUACAACAUGGAGUACGUGUUCGACGCCGAGGACGGACACACGGAGAUCAUGCCGCUUUGGACUCCGCCCACACCGCCGCAGGACGACAACGACAUCUACAUCGACUCGGUGAUGAUGCUCAUGUACGACACCACGCCCAUGCCGGAGGCCAAGCUGCCUCCCGUCUACAUCCGCAAGGAACACAAGAGACUCAAGAUGGACCCCUCAGCAGCAGCCAGAAAGAAGAAGAAGGGCCACGGAGAGACGGUCAUUCCUCCGCGCUCCCUCUUCGAAAAGGCCAGCAUGCUCAAAGUUCGCCGCGAGGGCAAAGACCAGAAGAAGAACUUCUCUCUCAAGCACCAGGCGCCGUUCGCCAAACCGCUACCGUCGCUGGUUAAACCGGCCAUGGAGGCCGGCCAGGACAACCCCGAGUGGCUCAUCAGCGAGGACUGGGCUCUGCUUCAGGCUGUGAAGCAGCUGCUGGAGCUGCCUCUGAACCUGACCAUCGUGUCUCCGGCUCACACUCCAAACUGGGAUCUGGUGAGCGACGUGGUGAACUCCUGCAGCCGCAUCUACCGCUCGCCCAAACAGUGUCGCAACCGCUACGAGAACGUCAUCAUCCCCAGAGAAGAGGGCAAGUUGGUGUACGAGGCAAACCCCAAGAAGAAAACCAAGAGCAUCUACAAGUCCAAGAACAGCCGUCCUCUGAGGACGUGUCAGAUCUACACGCAGGACGACAACGCCACGCACAUCCAGCUCUACAACAGCCGCUUCGAGCUCAUGAAGAUCAUCGCCAGCAAGCGGAGCCCGCCGAUCAAACCGCUGCUCGGCAUGAAUCCGUUCCAGAAGAAUCCCAAACACGCCUCGGUCUUGGCAGAAAGUGGGAUCAGCUACGACAAGCCGCUGCCGCCCAUCCAGGUGGCGUCGCAGCGCGCUGAGAGGAUCGCGAAAGAGAAGAAGGUGACGGCCCUUGCGGAGCAGCAGAAGGCUCAGCAGUUGGCCCAGCAGCAGCAGGCCGGAGCCCCUCAGGCCCAGGCGGCACCGGGACAGUCCCAGACUCCCACCGCUGCCGGCCAGGCUCAGACUCAAGUCCCUCAGGCCGCCGCUGUGGCCACAGCGACCGCCGUGCCGAACGCAGCCGUCCUGGCCGGAGCCAUAAAGAACGCCACGGUGGGCACAACCAUCCAGGCCGCCACAGUCGGGGGGAACGUCAUCGUGAACACGGUAGCCGGAGUUCCUCCGAGUCCCUUCCAGGCCAACAAGCGCCUGGCGUCUCCCGUCAUCGCUUCUGCCGGUGCAGCCGGAGCCCAGGUCGUCCACACACAACAGAGGACCGUCACAGCCGCCGCCCCCGCCGAAGUGGUCGCCAUAGCUACGGGUCAGGGCGUGCGAGCCGUCACCCCGGUGACCGCGUCCGCCGUAGUUUCCACCACCCUGAGCCCGGUGCAGUCCCAAACUCGCCCGCUGGUCACUCAGGUCACACCAGCCGCAGGUAUGACGCUGACGCAGGGGAAGGCUCUCAGUCCGGCCCACCUGCAGAUGCUUCGACAGCAGCAGUUGCAGCAGCAGCAGGCUGCCUCCACUCAGAUCAAAGCUGUGGGGAAAUCACAGGAGCUGAUGAAGAUGCACAAACAGAAGCUGCAGCUGCAGCAUCAGCAGCAACAGCAGCAGGUUGCUGCAGCGGUGGCAGCAGCAGCUCAGGGUCAGCAGGCUGCAGGAGCCGGGCAGGCGGCUCAGGUCCAGCCUGCGCAGGCCGCCCAGACUAACCCUCAGCUAGCGGCCGUGGCUGCACCCAGACCGGGAGCCGUGCUGACCGGCACCACCGUGACCAACCUGCAGGUGGCCAGACUGACUCGAGUUCCCACUCAGGGUUCGAUCCAGGCCCAGGCAGGACAGACGGCCCAGGUGACCCUCACCAAGCCUCCUGUGGUCUCUGUGCCGGCUGUGGUCUCAUCGGCUGGCGUCACCACGCUGCCAGUCACCGUGGCAGGGAUCAGCGUGGCUAUUGGUCAGGCCAAAACAGGCGGGCCGGUCCUGACGCCGUCCUUCCCUCAGAUGCAGGUCCAGCAGCUGCUUCAGAUGAAGAAGCAGCAGGCGGCGGUUCAGGCCGCGCAGCAGAAAGCCGGACAGCCUCAGCAAGGACAGACCACCGUACAGCAGAAGAUCGGCACCCAGCAGGUGACGGUGCAGGCGGCUCAGCCGGCCCAGCAGCAGCAGCAGAAGGUGACCUACGCUGCCACCACCCAACUCCAGCCAGGAAUCAAGACCCAGUUCUUCACCACCGGAGCCCAACAGAUCCAGGUGGCUAAACUCCCGCACAUCGUGUCUUCACAGCAGAUUCAGGUCCCGACCGGGACGCUGACCCAGGCGGCCACGUCCGCUCCGGCUCAGGUGCAGAUGAUUUCCGCCGGGACGGCGACGGCGCAGGUGGUCCAGCAGAAGAUCAUCCAGCAGCAGGUAGUGACGGCCGCCACCUCGCCCCAGAUCCAGACGCCUCCUCCACACAGCCCCGCCCAGCAGCCCGCCGCCACCUCCGCCGCAGAGUCCCCGGCACAGCAGCCGGCUCAGCCACAACAAACCACCAAGGGUCAAGCUCGGCAGGGCGCGAGCAGAGCCAAGACUCCCGCCAAACCCAGCGGAGGGAGCAGCUAGAGACACUAACCUGCAAGUUAGAGAAAGCAGCAGCGAACUCCACCUUUUACCUCUUGAUCACAGCGCCGCUGCUCAUCCAACCGUGGCCGGAUCUUUAAUCCAGCUCCACCCAGUCGGCGUCGAAGUCGUCGCUGCUUCAAUUUGUUGUUUUGAAAAGUUGAAUGUUUCUUAAAAUUACCACAAAUUAAAGAGAAAAGAAAAAAAACUGCCCCGGAGACGACAGACGCGAUGAUUUCUAACAUGACUCAGCAGAUAUCUGAGGCGUUUGGGUGACUCUGCAUCUGUCCAAUAGAAUAAGUGUAUUCAUAAAUAGUCCCUUUUAUGUCUGAUGUUGUCUAUAGAUACUGAAUGGAGAAUAAUGCACGUUCCUUUAGUCAUUUGUUUUUGUUUUUUAUUGCAGCGAACACACUGUAAACAUGUACUUUAGUAUUUUGUGUUUUCUCAUAAAUUGUCUUUUUUUAUUGAUGUCAAAGAAAGAAAGGAAAAAAAAAACCUGUAAAUAUCAAUGAAAAACAUUUGUACUUGUAAAGUAGUCGUGUUUUCAUUGGGUUUUUUCAGCCUAAUUGUAAUAAAGUGUUUUGUUUUUAUACACAAGUUCAUCUUUUUUCCGUUCGUUUGUUUCUUUUUCAUUAA